UUAUUUAUUUCGCAGCUAUGAAUUUUUAGUUGACUUAGCUAAGCCCUUUUUUCGGUUUUACAUCUUUAGCCCCCCAAGACCAGUUUGAAACUCCGACUUAUACUCCAAGAUCUACUUCAUGUUGGCCCAUUUUGGUCAAUGAAAUAACAUCAUUAGCCUGUUCACUCUCUGCCUAACGGCACGUCAUUGAAAGAAAAACCUUCGGUGCUGCUGAUUAUGUUAAAUCAAGGCAUGAAUAAAUCCUACCUAGAACCAACCCCGUUUUCCCCCGUCAUCUCUCUCGCUUUCCUAUUUUUCUUGCUUUCCAUUAUAGUGUAUCUUUUCUCGCAAUUCAAGCUUUGUUCAAGUUUAUAUAAUUCCGAAAACCCAGUUUCAUAAAUUUGAUCAAACUCUGCCCUCAUCCCACCCCCCAAGAAAAAACGCAAAAAAAAAAAAGGAAAAGUAUUUUGAAAGAAUGAGUUCCGUUUGUAUUUCUAGUUGUUUGGCUGAUGCUGGAGACCCCAGGAUACCUGUCAGGGCAACCUAUGUGAAUCUUUACAAGUGGCCACAGUCGGAUGCAGAGUUUGUGAGGUCGAGGAGCAGAGGCCCCAUGCAUGGCCAAGUCCAACCUGCUAGAGUUAUUGACAGUAUCUCCGGCAGGCAGAUGUAUCUGAGGAGCUAUAGGUUUUCCAGGAAAGAAACUGUGGCUGAAAAGACUGUGAAAUGCUUUGGGAGAGUUAAAGAGAAGGUGGGGACUCAUGGAAAGAGGUGGACCAGCCAAAAGAGACGUUUUAGAAGGAAGGGUUUGGUUUGGAGGAAAGUGAAGGUCGUGCUGUUUAGGUUUUUCAAAAGGUUGCUUUCUUGCUCUGCUAGUGUAGAUAUGGUGUAUCAAAGGAACGUUUUCUUCUGAACUUUUUUUGGGUGAUUAUUUGAUUUUGUUUUCUUCUGUAGUUGGAAUUUCUGUUAAAAAACUUCCUGCACUAAAAUUCUUUUUGCCCACCCACCUUCAAAAGAAUGCCUUUUACACAAGUAGAGUAUUUUACCAAGCUGUUAGUUGUAAUCAUGUGAUAGUAUAUAUUCAUCCAAGCUAUAGAGUAUAUGGUUUCUGAUGGGAGAUUAAGAAUAGCUUGAGCUGGUUGGAUAGGAGUAUGGUUGCAUUAAUCAUUAAGGUUUUUUUAACACGACAAAGAGGAAAAAAACCCUUGUCUUAGUCAUUAAGACUUAAAUUAAGCGACAAAGGUGGGGUUGAAGUUUGAGCGGAGAUUGUAAAUUCGAGUCAAAAACUCAAAACUGUUACUUGUCUGAAGUAAAUGAGAGAUUGAGUUCAUCACUUCUCUGGGGGCCUGAGCCAUAGCUUCAGUUUCCAAGCCCACAAUCCUCCCCGGGCCUCUCGUCUAGGGAGGACUCUGUUUCCAACUACAUGUUUUACGACAAACUCACUCGAGGGAAAGACCGUUUAACAAACACGACCAUGAAGCAAUUAAAAUUCGUACAAACCAUUGGGAGAUCAUGGAACUUGGAAGGAACUCAUCACACUGAAGCUGGGAACUAAAUACUUGAGCAUUUACAAUACUUUCUCUUAAUUUCUUGCUUUAUUUUAGGCACACAAUUAAUUAAACACGUUUAGGCAAUUAACAGGGGCAUAAAUUAGAUGGUCACUUUCUUGUUUCGACGUAUGGCUCAAGUUUGACCACAAAUGGACAUAAGUUUCCACACUAAGCACUAAUAUGCCUGUAUCUGCCAAUAAGAACGAACAAAAACAGAAGGCAUGGAUCAUUCAAAAUGCUGAAUAAGUCCAAUUUGAAAAAUGUAAGGAAAAAAAAAACACAAAAACAACAAAAUUCGAGGUCAAUUGACUUACAUAUCCACCAAAAUGCACUACAAACAUAGACUAUCUACAAUAAAAGACUAUUCAAAGAGCUCACUCCAGAGAACUUCACAAAUCUGCAUUAUCUUGGUAGUGAAAACACCUCUAGCUAUAAUCAGCCAGCAUCAAACCAAGUUCGUUUUUCAAUCAAAUAUUUCAUUUAAUGCAGAAAAAUAUGUGUUCUACCGCCCAACACUUCAAUAUAAUUCACAAAAGAAAAUGUCUAGCAUUGCAGAACAGAAUAAACUUAACUUCUUGUUUCUAAAAUUCAACCUGCCAAGAAAAGUUCAUGCAUAUUUCUCAGUGCCAUCUUACAAGAGUAGUGACAAAAUCUUCCUUUUUUACCAUUUACAUCAGUAUCCAAGAGGAUUUCAGACAGUUCAAAAAACAGAGGAAGGGCUAUCAACCAUUAAAGUUUCAGACAGCCAACCAAGAAGAACAUACCCAAAAAGCACAACCAUAAAAAAGGAAAACAGCAUGAUAUUAUAAAGAAUAUCAUCAGAAAGACCAAUAUGAAUAGCAUGUGAUACACAAAAUAAUUCCAUUGACAACCAAAUGGAAAGCAAAAAUUGGGCAUUCCUAGACUCCAAUUUGACUGAUGGAAGCCAAAUGGAAAGCAGUUAAUGGAAAACGCAAAUACCCAUUUUAACCGCUAACCACGUUGGAUGAUCCUGAUCAUCCAGUCAAUCCCACAUAAAUUCUCCCGCCCUCUAUCCACAGUCCAUUUUAUAAAAUUGAAUAAAGCUAGAUCAAAUUUCACAAAAGCUGCUUGUGAUUUUCUAACAGAAAAGUUGCACAUGAUUUACUAGUAG